AUGGUUCUUACCGACAAAUGGCGAACCGAAUGGGACAGCGAACUUCGACUGCUCCCCCAAGUAGAAUCUAUAACAGACCAUGAUCUAGAAAUAACUGAAGAUAUAUUUUUCAUUUGGCAGUUCUUAAAGUUGUAUCAUGCCUCCAUGCCGCAUGUAAGGAGCCUCAUCGAUUUCAUAACAACAAAAAAACCGGAAUCACUAAUAUGGGGUGAACAUAUUGAUGAUUUUAUGUUUAGAGGAAUGAAUAAGGGUCAGAAAUUAUUUAAUUUGCUAGUAUCAGAUGGAAAAAGAAUUCAACCUAGGUGUUCAAAAAAAAAAUUAUCUGAUACUUUAUUAUAUUUUAGUGUUAAGAAUUAUAUAAUACUUGAGAAAAUAAAUACUGGAUCCGUUGGUCAGGUUCAUUUGGCUUUUGACAAAAAUACAGACACCCUUGUAGCGGCAAAGGCAAUAGAUAAAUCCACUGUGCAAGGCGAUGAAGAGCUAUUUCAAAAACUUAAGGAAGAAAUCCAAAUCUCCUGCAGAAUGAAUCAUCCUUUUGUUGUGAAAACAACAAAUGUGCUUGAGACAAAGGAGAAAAUUAUUCAAAUUAUGGAAUACUGUGAUGGGGGCGACCUCAUAUCCUACGUUAAAAAUAAACUGCAUCUUGAAGAACUCAGUGCACAAUACUUCUUUCGAAAAAUAGUACAAGGGCUUCAGUACAUGCACCAGAAUAAUGUGUCUCAUAGGGAUUUAAAGCCAGAAAACAUAUUUUUAUGCAAAAAGAAGCUAAGUCAAAGAGAAAAAACGUUAAUAAGAAUAGGGAAAUUACCAUCGUGUUCUGAAUAUGAAUUGAAGAUAGGAGAUUUUGGUGCAUGCUGUAUUAAUGAGAAAAAUAAAUUACAUCAUGAUAUUGUUGGCACCUUAAGUUAUGCUGCACCUGAAGUAUUAGGAUGUAAUAACACUAGUGGAUAUAAUAGCCAAAAAGCAGAUGUAUGGAGUCUAGGAAUUAUAUUGUACGCUAUGUUAUUCGGAUUGCUACCUUUUGAUAAUGAAGGGAAAAAUGUAAAAGAGGCACAUAAUUCAAUUAUAAAAAAUAAAAUUGUUUUUCCUAAGAAUAGAAUUAAUAAAAUUUCUAUGAAUGUCAGAAACUUGCUCUCAGGAAUGCUCAAUAUUAUUCCAGAUAAUCGAUUGUCCCUUGAAGAAGUGAUGAAUCAUGAAUGGCUAGCUGAUACAGGAAAAGCAAAGUUAGAAAUAUCAAAUGCACAUAAAAAAUUGAAUUUCCCCAUUUCGUCAACUGUAGCUUGUCAUGUCAACACUAGUGGUAAAAACGAUAUAGAUUUUGAAACUUUUAAAAAAUUAUACUUAAUCAAAAAGGUAGAAAAUCUCUCUUCUACUACCAAUUUUUGUACCAUUACUGGAAAUGGAAAUGUUGGUGGGAUCAUAAGUGGCUUAGUCAACGUUGUGACAAACAUAGAUCCAUACAGAACAUCGCAGGGACUACAAUACGCGGUUCAAAGCGGGGUUCCAUACGUAAGUUCAAGCCAAAAUGUGAACCCAAACAUAAACACGAACCAGAAUAUGAACCAGAACAUGAACCAGAACACGAACCAGAACACGAACCAGAACACGAACCAGAACACGAACCAGAACACGAGCCAGAACACGAACCAGAACAUGAACCAGAACACGAACCAGAACACGAACCAGAACACGAACCCAAAUGUUAGAGAUCUCACAGGAAUCUCUCCACAGAGUAAUAACGAAAAGAGACAAAUAUACCACUUUUCUGGAAAGAACUCUAUCUUUCCCUGGCACAGCAACCAUCGGCAAAGCCACAUCUACCUGCACGAUGACAAAGGGGUUCUGAAUACUAAACUGAAACAGCCAAAGGAAGAACAGGAUUCGAAGGUAAAUUAUGUCUACGCAGACAUCCUUCAUACAAUGAAAAAAAAUCAAAGAAUCCUAAAGACAAAUAAAAAGGAACGAGGACAAUUAGAUAGACACACGCUCAAUGAAAAAAAUGAAGAAGUACUCAUGAGUACAAACAAAAAAGAUACAAAUAAUGAUUGUAAUAAAAGUAAAAUUUGUCUAAAAAAACUCAUGACAAACAAUCAAAACAUUGAUGAUAGUAAAUUCUGCGUUGAUGAAACGUAUUACAAUAAUAAUAUUCUGAGCAACAGAUACAUGGAUGGAAAAUAUUAUAAUCAGAAUAGCAACAUCUAUUAUGAUAAUAAACAAACACAAGUAGAAUAUGAUGAAGAAAAUAAACAUAAGAUAAUGAAAAAAAUGAAUAAGAAUAUCCAAUUUUCUCCAAGAAUACAUAAUACAUACGAUUUUUACAUUAAAAAAAACAACAUUUAUAGAAAUCAAACCAACAAUAUGUUAUUACUACCUUAUAAAGAAAACUUAAUGGGAAAAAAUCAUGCACAUGAAAAUUUAUACUUGUCAAAAGGAACAAGUGACACUAAUUUAACUCUUAAUGUUAGGUCUACUUUUUUAAAAAAUAAUGAACAAUGUCAAUUGGACAACAGAAUUAAGGAAUACGAUGCAAAUUCGAAAUUCAAGUAUACCUCCAAUUUGAGUGAUGGUGGAAAAUCAACAAAUACUAUUAGUUCCAAUUGCACAAACGUUACACCCAUACACAUUAAUCCACCCAUUAUAGGAAAAAUAAAUAAUAAUACACCAAAUGAUUUUUUAUACUCUCACAACACAAAUUACAAUAAUGUACAAUACAAAUAUUAUUAUUAUGAUGAUGAUAAAGGCAUGUAUAUUGGAUAUUUAAACAACCAAAUCAAUGGACGUACCUAUGCUUCCUCCUUUGCUUUACCUGAACAUCAAGUUAAAUAUUCUCACAAUUGUGUCCCUAUAAACUCUGAUUAUUAUUCGAAGGAGUUGUUGGCUUAUAGAAGGGGAAUCUCAGAAUAUGUUGAAACCAGUAAGACGGAAAAUAAUGAAUAUUCAUCAAAUGGUAAAAAAGAAGACCCUCUUGUUAAAAAUCGUGAAAACGAAUUUUAUGCAAAAUUAGCUAGCUACGAAUGGAAAAAAGAUGUAGCAGGUUAUCACAUCCUUGCAUCUGAAAAGCAGUCAGAUGUGUUAAAUAAACAAGUAGUAAAUGUAAAGAAAAAAAACAUAAAUGAUGGAAACAAAGAGGGAAGAAAUACUCUGUCUAGUGGAUACUCCGAUGUGAUACAACAAGUGAAAAAAGAUGAAAAGACAAAUGCAAAGACGAAUGAAAAGACGAAUGCAAAGACGAAUGAAAAGACGAAUGAAAAGACAGAUGAAAAGACAGAUGAAAAGACAGAUGAAAAGACAGAUGAAAAGACAGAUGAAAAGACAGAUGAAAAGACAGAUGAAAAGACAGAUGAAAAGACAGAUGAAAACACCAAUCGAGGAAUCAUCAUAAAUGAAACUCCAAACAUUUUUGUUAACUCAGACUUCAGUAACAGAUCGAAUUUAACCGUUCCUUCUAAUAACCAUGCACAAGUAAAAAUAUGUUCAGAUAAUUCGAAAAAGAAGGACACUUGUAUUAUUUUGAAAAAAAAAAAAAUAAUUAAAAAUGUCAAUAACCAUUUUUUUUCAAACAAAUCACAACAUACAACAAAAAUUAUCACUAUUGAUGAGACUGGAUGCAACCAAGCGGACCUUCCACUAAUGAAAAUAAAUCAACUAAAGGAUUGUAUCAAAAAAGAAGAUGUGCUAUCCCUGAACCUUUUGAUUCAAAAGGAUGAAUAUAAGAAUUGUGCAACGAAAGACAAAAUUCAGGACACAAGUAUGAAUACAUCGUAUUUUUCUCACAAUACACAACAAAAAUACAUUUCACCUAACGAUUAUACUCAUGAGAAGAGCAAUAACUUGAAAAUCCAGAAUAAGGAAAAAAAUGGAAAAGAUCAGUUCCAUUCAAAUAAUAAUAUCCAAAUGUGCAAUUAUAACUCAAAAUGGAAAGAAGAAAAGUGGGCAGUUAACAACGAAAUACAAAUCUGUAACAUUACUAAAACUGGUUAUAAAAUGGAUCAACAGACCAAUCACAGAGAGACUUGCAUAAGGGAAGAUAAUUCUACCAUCAAAAAAGAAAAUCAAAAUGCAAAUGGCCUCAAAGGGGGUAGAACAUUAGAGGAUGAAUGCAUAGAAGGAAAAUACCAGAGCCACCUCAACAGAAGCUAUAGGGUUAGUGACAACAGCGAUGGAAGUGAGGCGAAUAUGAAAAAAAAAAAAAAAAAGAAAAAAAAAGUCAUUAAUAGCAGAAAUAUAAGCGAUGAUCUCAAGCGAAGUCAAUCAGAGAGCGACCAAAGUGGGGAUGAAGAGCAGAUAAGCAAUUUGGACGAAAUUUUUUUUUUAAUUAAUAAUAGUAGCAACAAUAAUAGUAGCAACCAUAACAGUAGAAACAAUAAUAGUAGCAACAAUAAUAGUAGCAACCAUAACAGUAGAAACAACAAUAGUAGUAACAACAACAACAGCAAUAGGAACAAUAACAAUAACAGUAGCAGCAACAACAACAAUAGUAGCAGCAGCAACAACAACAACAGUAGCAGCAACAACAACAAUAACAGUAGCAGCAACAACAACAACAGUAGCAGCGAAAAGAGAAAUAACAACAAGGAGGACACAGCAGUAGGAGAUAUACCCAAAAGUUCGAAGGAAAUUAAGAGGCUAAAAAUAAAAGACAAAAAGUCGAGCGCACAUAAAACACAACCAAACGAACUACACAAGAAUGAGUCAACAAAUGAAACCGGUGCAGAAAAAUAUUACAUAUCUAAUAUUUCAAAACGUGAUGUUUCUGAAAAAGGAAAAGAAAGGAGACAAACAUCCCUAUGCUACAUUAAUAAUAAGGGAACAAUUUAUAACCAUCUAAAGGAUACACAAAAAUUAGAUACAAAUGAUGAAAUAAAUAUUAACAAAGAAGGAUUGAAAAAUAAAAAGAGCAAACAUAUGCAUAGAGAACAAAUGGAAGAAAAAAAUAAAUUUUUGAUGUUGAAAAAAUUGUAUUAUGCCAACAAUAAGGACUUCCAUUUAGUGCCUCUAAAAUGUGAGAAUUAUUAUGACAGGAAACGUUAUAUCAAUUUAGAAAAAAUAUUUUCUCAUAAUAAAAGAAAAACCAAUGAAUGUCAUUUGCCACUUGUAACCUAUUUAAAAAAUAUUAAUAUAGGUUUUAGAAAAAGGGUGACAGGAAGCAAAAAACAUAUUGAAGAAAGACAAGAUAUCGUUUCAGAUGGAGUAGUGAAAAGAUGUACAACCACAGACAUAUCCUACAGACAAAGUAAAAAUGAUAUAAUAAAUUUUAACUGUCAUAAUAAAUGGUUUCGCAUGAAUACAUGUAUCAAAAAUGAACUAUCAAGGGAUGUCAAAUUUGAUUCCAAGAAAAGAAUUCUAUUUCAUAAUAAAACUCAAGAAUAUAACGAAUAUGUAAGUGAUAACGAAUCUUUCUAUUUCUCGUCAAAUAAAAUUGACUACAUCAAAUAUUCAACUCCGAAAUGUAGUAAUAGGAAUAGCCAACACUUACACAAUGAUCACCAUCACUGUUGUAUGAUAAGUGACACUCAUAAGGGAAAUUCUUACAAAAGGAAAUUACAAGUGGGGGUUAGUCUUAAUAACAGAUCUAAGGAUAAUAAUAUUGAAAAUCAUAGAUCUUUUUUAUUCAAUCGAAUUAAUUUGAAAUAUAUAAACAAAUCGAACAAAUCGAUUAUUAAGCAUAAUGAAAAAGCAUAUACACUUUUAGGUAACAAAAAGGAGAAUCAAAAUGAUAUGAACAAAUAUGACAAAAGAGUAGGUUCUGCUACUGAAGGAUACCAAUUGAAUAUGAUGAAAUAUUCUCUUUCACAUGAACGAAUUGUUACUAACGAAAAUAUUAACAUUACAUUUCAAAAUUAUAACAUUCAAAAAAAGGACAACCCUACUGAGAUAUCUUCAGAUUAUCUUUCCCAAAGUAAACCUUCUUUUAGUCUUGUCAAUUAUUACAACAUGCAAAAGGAUCAUCAUACAAAUGAAAACAAGUUGGGAAAUAAGGACAUAGAAAAAGAGAAUAAAAGAGAUGUAACGUCUAUUCAAGGGGAAAAAUUUUCAAGCAUAGGCAUUGAUAUGCUUUAUGAAAAAGAGGGUACACUUAAUGAUGGAAACAGUGAACUCAAUCGAAUUACUUUCAGCAGUAGGAGAAGUAUGAGCAGUAUGAGCAGCAGGAGACGUAGGAGACAUAUGAGCAGUAUGAGCAGUAUGAGCAGUAUGAGCAGCUGGAGCAGUAGGAGACGUAUGAGCAGUGCGAGCCGCAUAAGCAGUAAGAACAAUAUGUGUGAAAAAUUAAAUUUAAAAGACCACGCAUUACACCAUCCAUCAAAUGACGAUUUCAACGUAAUCCAUGUGACUAAAAAAAUGCAAGUCGCACACAUGGAGAAAUAUCCUUUUAGUGAAAUAAAAAGCCUUUCUGAGGAUGUAAUACCCGAUAGAUACAUCGUUAGUAGUAAUAGGAUAUGUAACAAAUCCAAUCAUGACAUAGUCAUCGAAUGCAAAGAUUUAUGUGAUAUUUACAAAGGUGAUGCUACAAAUAAUUCUUGCAUGCUUAUGGAUCCAAUUAAAAAUAAAGAUUACAUAUCUUUAUAUGACGAGGUAGGAAAAUAUUACUCUCUCAUUAGUAACGUAAACACAUCAGUUAACAUAUCAGAAGAUGAAAUAAACAAAAAGGAAGAAACAUGUUCAAUCGUUGAUGAUCAUAAGUUAAUGGAUGAAAAAAAGAAAGAUAAAAAUUCGGACAAUUGUAUAAAACAAUGGAAUGAAAAUAAUGAACUAAUUUUUGUAAACAAAAACGUAACUCUUUCAACUAUAUGCUCUAAUCCAAAUCAGUGUAGUGAUAAAAAACAAUCGAUUAAAAAUGCAUUUUUAAAAAUUUCACAAAAUAAAAACCAUCCAAACAGUACUAAGAAUGCUUGCAAUCCGUGUGAUGAGAACUGCAGAAAUGCAAAAGUCAUUAUAGGGGGUUCUAACUCGGCCCCAUUUCAAAAUGAUAACGUUCGCACCAAAAACAUUUUUCCAUUAGCAGAAGAAGAAAAUUCCAUUUUGAAAAAUUCUGGAAAUGAUACUCAGAAUAUCCUUGAUACACAAUACUCUAAAUGCACACAUAAAGAAAGCGAUAAGGACAAUAAAGGUAACGGUCAUUGCAGUGGUAGCCUUUUAAAAGACAUUCACAUGCUAGAAAAAGAUGACGGAAAAUAUUCAAACCUAGACACACAGCACAUUUACAUGUUGAACACGAAUUUGGAGGAGGAAAAUCUGAAUUAUGAUAAAACAAAAAAUGAAAAGAGUGAAAUGGGUGAAAAUAGCGAAAAAAACAAAAAUGAGAUUUUUCAGAGUGAUCCCCAAAAGAGCGAUUGUCUGCAUGAAUCCAUGUUUAGCAAAAUGAGUGAACAACUAGCUAAAAAUAAAAAAGUAACCACUUUCAAGGAAAACAAAUCUAACAAAAGUAAACAAUUAAAAACUUUGAACUUCUGGAGUGCACAGAAAAAUCAUACUGUUAAUUCGAAUGUACAAAGCACAGAUCACCUUAUACAUAAUAUAAACGACGAUAUGAAGAGUGAAAGGAAUAACUUCUUUCGUACGUCCUAUGAUGAAAAUGUAAAAAAUGAUUAUACACACAAGAACGUUUUAAUGAGCACAGAAAUUGCAGUACCUGCUGAUAGCAUAAAAUCAAAUGAGAAUAAUGAAAAAAAUAAAAUUUGUUAUUAUUACAAUUUAGCCACGAUACCAGACAAUUUUGAUGUUCUAAAUAAUCUUAUGUUCUAUUCAUCAUCCCAGAGUAAUCCAUAUAGAAAUUACAAAAAUAUCUGUCAAUCGAAGAAACGGAAUACCCCUGAGGGACUUAAUCUAAACAACUGCAAAGGAAACAUCGAUAGUAAUAAGGCUACUGAAAAAAAUGACAACAAAAAAUCCUCCCCAACAGUUAAAUAUAACUUGAGGAGCUAUCUGAAUUUAAACAAAACAUCCAUUCAUUAUUUUUCAAAUACGAAAAAAAAUAGCAUGGAUGAACAGAAUAUUCAGAAUAAGUUCGGGAACAAAAUAGAUGAAAAAAGUGAACUAAAUUUAUUACACCCCAAAUUAAAGUGGAUGAGCAUUUUUAGUAGAAAUUCAAGCAAGUACUAG